UAUAGGCGAAGAAGGAAGCUCGCUCGAGUGUGUGAGAAGUUAAAAAUUUUAGUGCUGAACCAACAUGGCAACUGCUGGUAUCGUCGGUGCCUUUUUCCUGUUGCUCGCGAGCCUCGCCGGCGCCGACGAUGCUGUCGACCCCAGGGUGCACCUGAAGGUCUACUACGAGUCAUUGUGCCCUGACAGCGUCCGCUUUGUUCGGAACCAACUCAUUCCCACUUGGAACUCCCUGGGCUCCGAGUUCUUGGAAAUCGACUUCCUGCCCUUCGGAAAGGCCAAGAGCGAGCGCAAGCCAGGCGGCGGCUUGUCCUUCACUUGCCAACACGGACCCCGCGAGUGCGCCGGCAACAUGGUGCAGGCGUGCGGCCUCAGCAACCUCCUUUCCGACCACGACCUCAGGAUUAAGUUUGUCGGCUGCCUCAUGAACAACUCCGACCCCCCAAGUGCCGGGGCUAAGUGCGCACCCCAAGUUGGUCUCGACUACAAAGACAUCGAGGAGUGCGUGAAUUCGCCCGCCGCUGAGGCUCUGCUUUACAACUAUGAACAACGCACCCUGAAACUCUUCCCCAAGGGAUUGGCUUUUGUUCCUUCCAUCUCGAUCAAUGGCAAAUUUGAUCAAGAGGCGCAAAACACCGCCCAGCGAGAUUUGAAGUCUGUCGUCUGCGCCUACAUUCCUGAGUCAGUCAGGCCUGCCCAGUGCCUGUAAACCUUGCUGUGCAAGGGACACUUCAAAAUGUUAGCGCAAAGCUUCGAUUGAAGCAAAUGGGUCCUUUUUGUACGUACUUCAGAAGUAUUACCUGCAAAAAAGAUACAAAUUUCUAAUAUUUUUAAAUAAAGCUGAAAAAUUAAUUAUUUUUUCACGAAUUUUUAAGAAUAAAAAUAUUUAGGAAAGUUAAAAAAUUAAAAUUUUUUGUUCU